CGGAGAGAAGGGGUUUCCCCCUGCCCGCCCCCCAACUACCUCCCCGCUCCUGCCAGUGUCUGCCUGUCUGCCCCCACGGGGGUUUAUUUGAUCUCACAUUAACCAAGGAGGAGAAUGUGAGAAAAGGGGGAAAAUGCCCAGGAGGAAGCAGGAGCAGCCCAAGCGCCUUCCCUCACAUGUUAGUAGGCAGGACGAGGCCGAGGGAGAUUUCAGCGAAGGAGAACAGUGGUAUGGGAACUCCUCUGAGACUCCAUCAGAAGCGUCCUAUGGGGAAGUCCAAGAGAACUAUAAGCUAUCACUGGAGGACCGGAUCCAAGAGCAGUCCACAUCCCCCGACACCUCCCUGGGCAGUGCCACCCCCAGCAGCCACACGCUGGAACUGGUGGCACUUGAUGGUGAGGUUCUCCGAGACUCACUGCAGUGUCAAGGCCACCUUUCACCCGGAGUGUCCUCUGUGUGCGACGAUGACCCACCUAGUUCCAAUAAACCUCUGAGCAGCAACUUGCGGAGGCUGCUGGAGGCCGGGUCCCUCAAACUCGAUGGCACAGCCAAUGGCAGGGUGGAGUCCCCCGUGAAUGUUGGCCCCAGUCUGUCAUUUUCCCCACCGUCCCACCAUGCCCAGCAACUCAGUGUCCUGGCCAGGAAGCUGGCAGAGAAGCAGGAUCAGAGUGACCAAUACACCCCAAGUAACCGUUUCAUAUGGAAUCAAGGUAAGUGGUUGCCGAACUCAACCACCACCUGUGGCCUGUCCCCCGACUCCGCCAUCCUCAAACUGAAAGCCGCAGCCAACGCUGUUCUGCAGGACAAGUCUCUGUCCCGGACAGAGGAGAGCCUGAGGUUUGAGUCCUUUUCCUCCCCGUUCAGCUCGCAGUCUGCCAGCUCCACCUUGGCGGCUCUGUCUAAGAAAGUGAGUGAGAGAAGUCUGACUCCGGGUCAGGAGCACCCGCCUCCUGCCAGCUCUUUCCUGUCUUUGGCCUCCAUGACCUCCUCCGCAGCCCUUCUCAAAGAAGUGGCUGCCAGGGCCGCGGGUAGCCUUCUGGCUGAGAAGUCGUCUUUAUUGCCUGAUGACCCUCUACCACUGCCGCCUUCUGAGAAGAAGCCAGAAAAAGUCACCCCGCCCCCUCCCCCACCACCUCCGCCAGCACAGCCUCAGUCCUUGGAAUUAUUGCUACUUCCGGUUCCCAAGGGAAGAGUCUCCAAGCCCUCCAAUUCAGCCCCAGAAGAAGAAAGCGGGAAGCCAUUCCAAUGUCCAAUAUGUGGUCUGGUUAUAAAAAGGAAGAGCUACUGGAAGCGGCAUAUGGUGAUCCACACAGGCUUAAAAAGUCAUCAGUGUCCCCUCUGUCCAUUCCGGUGUGCUCGCAAGGACAAUCUCAAAUCCCACAUGAAGGUUCAUCAGCAUCAGGACCGGGGAGAGACUUUUCAGUGCCAGCUGUGCCCUUUCACAUCCUCACGCCACUUCAGCCUGAAACUACACAUGCGUUGUCAUCAGCACUUCCUGAGGACAGAGGCCAAGGUGAAGGAGGAGAUCCCAGACCCAGAUGUCAAGGGAUCUCCCCACCUCAGUGACAGUGGCUGCCUGGGGCAGCAGAGGGAAGGAGGAGGGACAGAGCUAGUGGGGACCGUGAUGACGUCUAACACGCCAGAGAGGACUGGCCAGGGUGGGGCUGGCGUUGCACCUUUGCUGGUGAAGGAGGAGCCCAAGGAAGAUAACGGCCUGCCCACCUCCUUUACCCUGAAUGCUGCCGACAGGUCCGCCAACCACACAAAGCCGAAAGACCCCUCCGAGUUUGUGCCCAACAGUACGGCAGCAUUGUUCAGCCAGGACAUCUCGGUUAAGAUGGCCUCCGAUUUUCUCAUGAAGCUGUCAGCUGCAAACCAGAAGGAGCCUAUGAAUCUUAAUUUUAAAGUGAAGGAGGAGCCCAAGGAAGAGGAGACCCUAAGCAUGCCUUUGCCUCGCUCCAGCUACGCGUUCAGCCCGGAACCGGAAGUGGCGACCCCUAGCAUCUCUGAGGACCGACUUACACCCCAGGAAAGCAAGGGGAAUGUGUUAAGGCGGGACAUGUCAGCCAAGGCUGCCUCAGAACUUCUCAUGAAACUCUCAGCGGAAAGUUACAAGGAGACGCAGGCCGUGACGGUUAAAGAAGAGCCCAUGGAGGUGGAUAUCCAGGACUCCCCAGCCUCCAUAUCACCCAGCCGGAACGUUGGCUACAGCACUUUAAUGGGGCGAGAAAAAACCGAACCCUUACAGAAGCUUCCGGAAGGUCGAGUUCCCCCAGAGAGAAAUCUCUUCAGCCAGGACAUCUCUGUGAAGAUGGCUUCUGAGCUUCUUUUUCAACUCUCAGAAAAAGUGAGCAAAGAACACAAUCACACGAAAGAAAACACCAUGCGGACGACCACCAGCCCUUUCUUUUCAGAAGACACAUUUAGACAAUCACCAUUCACCUCCAAUUCAAAAGAUCUGCUGCCCGGUGAACCCGUGCUGCACGGGAGAGUCUCCGCUCCAGAGGCAGAUAAGAUCGUCCUGGAGGCAGGAAACGGACUGCCGUCCUGGAAGUUCAGUGACCAGCUCUUCCCUUGUGACGUGUGUGGGAAGGUGUUCGGCCGACAGCAGACAUUGUCCCGGCACCUCUCCUUGCACACAGAGGAAAGAAAAUACAAAUGCCACUUGUGCCCCUAUGCUGCUAAGUGCCGUGCAAACCUGAACCAGCACCUGACCGUGCACUCUGUGAAGCUCAUGAGUACGGACGCUGAGGACAUAGUCAGUGCUGUCACUUCGGAAGGCAGUGAUGGGAAGAAACACCCUUAUUACUACAGUUGCCACGUGUGUGGAUUUGAGACGGAGCUCAAUGUUCAGUUUGUGAGCCACAUGUCUCUCCAUGUGGACAAGGAGCAGUGGAUGUUCUCCAUCUGCUGCACGGCCUGUGACUUUGUCACCAUGGAGGAAGCAGAGAUGAAGAGUCACAUUGGCACCAAGCACACAGGGGAUGAUAGGAAGACCCCCAGUGAAUCAAACAGCCCCUCCUCAUCCUCACUGUCAACUCUGAGUGAUUCAGCCAAUGGCAAAGAUGACUCAGACAGCUCCCAGAAAAACAAGGGUGGGAACAACUUGCUGGUCAUCUCUGUGGUACCCGGGAGCCAGCCCUCACUGAACAACGAAGAAAAGCCAGAGAAAGGGUUCGAAUGUGUUUUUUGCAACUUUGUCUGCAAGACGAAGAAUAUGUUUGAGCGCCAUCUGCAAAUCCACCUCAUCACCCGGAUGUUUGAGUGUGAUGUGUGCCACAAGUUCAUGAAGACCCCCGAACAGCUGCUGGAGCAUAAGAAAUGCCACACUGUCCCCACCGGUGGGCUCAAGUAA